GGGCGCUGGCGCACCGAAACUUCCCAAAGCAGCAUGAAGAGAUAUGAGAGUCGUCAGGCGGCGCGCUACCGCCAUGUCACCUAGAGAGAAACAUUUAGCGCUUUUCUCUGUUUUAUGCCUAGUUUUGUUAGUGUUUUAUUAUAUACCUAUCUUUUUUUACGGAACUUUAAUUCUAUCAGUCUGCUGUUUUGCCUUUUACUAUCGCAGUGGAGAACAUCUUCCCGCCAGGUUAGGCCCGAAUCCUCGGGGUGGGCUACACAUCCCAGCCGUGUUCCGGGGCUGGUUGCCGGGAUUGAAGACGACCGGCGUGUCGUUGGCUACGCGGGGAAAACCGAAGAGGAGCAUCAGCAGCUACAAAGCUGAGCACAGAGAAACAGAGGGACACUUAAGACAAAGACCUAGUGAAACCGGGAUUUAUCGAAGGGAAGCCUUGUCAAGCGACUCAUUUCUUUUCAGCCCCCGGGAUUUUCUCAUGGGGAGUUAUAUCGGGAAACCCGAAAGUCCAACCGCCGACUCUGGGAGGCCAAGAGCCGGGAGAAACCCCCGAGACCAGCUGCGGGAAAGGCUGGCCAGACCCAACCAUGCUGUCUAUACCCCGAACAGGAGACUUUCAUUCACUGGUGAGACGCUGGGUGCCCCGGGGAGGUUCACCGUCACCCCUCUACGUCACUACCCCCUGCAGCAGCUCGGUGUGUCCUCAGUGGGAGUUCUGCCUCCUGUCAAAUGGGACGGCUUCAGAAAGAAGAACAUCCUCAGUCCUCGUAACUCCCCAGCUGCCCUCAGCCCUGUCACCGUGAAGAUUGCAAGACCUGACCAUAGGAACCCCAGUGUGAACCAUCAGAGCUGUGCCGGGCUCACCCGGGCCUCUGCGGACCCCUGCUCCAGAGAGAGCGUCCUGAGGGUGUUGAAGGAGAGCCGCAAGAGGGAAGUGGAGGACGAGGACAGGAGCUUCACAACAGAGCAGAGGAGCAAAAGAAGGCGUAAUGACAGCGAUGGAAGUUCUCACUCUGCUUUUGAGCCUCUGCUGCCCAACGGAACGCCAUCCCAGCUGGUCCCCAAACCAGGAAGCCUAAAAAGAGGCAUGACCUCAGCGAUAGAUGAGACCACCAUGAAGAGGUCCCGCACCUCCUCCAUCAGCUCCGGUACUGGGGCUCAUGCUCCCAGAGGAACCCCCGGCACCAGGAGAAACGCCAUCCAAAGCUCCUACAGCUCCUCAGUUGGCCUCAGCCAGGUACAGCGCUGUCAUCGUAGCACAGAUAAAGGGUUUUCUCUACAAUUCUUUUUAAACCGUGGGGUUGGGCUUUCUUGGGUGAGUGUAGAUUUGUUUUAAUCACUAAUAUGACAC